UGACGUGCAUUUUUUUCAUUUGCUCGAAACUAAAAGCCGCUGUUUUUCACCUCCGUGUCUGACGGUCUUCCCCCCGUCCCCGAUCAGUUCUAUUGAGCCCACACGCUUUGACCUUGUCUCCUCUGUAGAAAUUGUCCAUUUAUUCGCUUGUCUUAAGAGUUAGGCAUAAAAAGCAUGAAAUGAGUUUCUUUCUUUCUUUUUUAAAGGGGGGAAGGACACAUAGACCGGCAAAAGCACGACUGGUGUAAACCGGAAGUGCCCAAAUCAGAGAUGGAACGGUGCCUCGCCUUUUAGGGACCGUUUUCGCUGAAUUUCUCCGGAUGCCGGUUAUUUCCUUACGACUUUGAGGAAGAGGCUCGAGUGUUAUUGCUGGCUUCUAAAUGUUAGGCUGGAAAUUUAGCUGGAAGAAGCGACCUUCAAAGGAAGCGCUGGAGAAAUAAAUGCCAUCUGUCAAAACCGCCGGUGCUGGAGAGAAAAGGGAGAUCUGUCUAAAAUAAGGCUUAAUCCAGAAUUAAGGGUUCACGUUCAAAAACUGAGAAGCUGGAUCCCAUUAAGUAUAAAACCUGCUUAUGAAAUGAAUACUCUGUUGGGCACGUCUGGCCCUGUGAGGUGAGUCGGAGGAAGGAUGGAUGAAUAGGCCAGAGGCAGCCUGGAUCUUUUUCCUGUUCUUCUGGCCUUCUGACAGUUUGAGGAAUAUUUAAUAUAAAAGAACAUUAUGAUAUAUUCAACAGCUCUUGGUUUGCCUAUAUUAAUGAAAAGUGCCAGUAGAAUUCUUCCCUACUGUUCUUCAUACUUUUGCCUAAGACGGACAGCUAUAAGAUACUGCACAAUAAAUGGCAAAAUGAAAUCUAGAAAAAAAUCAGAUCAUCUGGAGAGAACAGCAAAUGACUUUCGACAUGAGAUUAUUUCUAAAGCAAAAGUGUGUGGCAUCAGCAAUGAAUCUGAAACAGUUAAAAGACUUCGUUUGGCAGUGACAGAUAAGGAAUUUACUUUUAAGGCAGGACAAUGGGUAGACUUCUUUAUACCUGGAGUUUCUGUAGUUGGUGGAUUCUCAAUAUGUUCAAGUCCUGGUAUGUUGGAAGAAGAGGGAAUAUUAGAACUUGCAGUAAAACAUACAACACACCCACCUGCUCACUGGAUUCAUACUCAGUGUGCUAUUAAUUCAGAAGUGGCUUUGCGAGUUGGAGGCAACUUCUUUUAUGAUCCUCAGCCUGAAGACAUUCCAGCAAACGUUGUGCUCAUAGCAGGUGGAGUAGGUAUUAAUCCUUUAUUUUCUAUACUGCUCCACAUCGCAGACCUUCACAGAACUGAAGAGAAGAAAGGAAAUAGUUGCAAAGUGGGAACAACCAAACUCUUUUAUUGUGCAAAAAAUGCACAUGAACUUCUAUUCAGGAAACAGAUUCUUGGUUUGACAAAUGCAUUUCCUGGAAAAAUCACAUGCAGUUUCCACGUUACCAAGCAGAAUUUGCCAAUUUGUGAGAAACUUCUGCCUUACAUCAAGGAAGGAAGAUUAUCUGGAAGUGACCUAGAAAAAUGUAUCUUCAAGAAUACUUUGUGGUACAUUUGUGGACCACCUCCAAUGAUAGAAUCCAUCUCCAAGCUGCUUGAAAACCUUGGGGUGGUUCAGAGCAAUAUUUUCUUUGAAAAGUGGUGGUAGCACAUCCAGCAGCAUUCCAGGCAAAAUAAAAAUGAAGACAUAAUAUAUACAUGUUUGCUGAUGAACCAUGAAAGUUUACACAAAGUAAACAUUUUUCCAUUUGUGGAAAUAAAGUAAUUCAUAAUGAAAUUAUAAAAAAAAAUUUAACAAACAAUUUGGAAAAACAAAUAGGAAACAUGUUAAAUUUGUACAUGUACUGAGCCGUGACAAUUUCUAAAAAAAAUAUUUUCUUAAGUUUUUUAUUAACUUUGGUAUGUAAUACAUAAAUAUAUAACUAAAUAUUAUAUAUGUAAUAUUUUACUACAUACGGAUAAGAGAAGAAGAAUGACUUCAAAUCUACGCCAUAGUCUCAUAUGGGAAGGACAAACUUAACAUAAAAGGAUGGAAUUCAUCUAUUCAUUUCCGGUCCACCUUGUAUUUCCUAAUGAACGCUGUUUGAAAAGUAAAAGAUGUUGCUUUUGAAGCUUCUUUUUUUUUCAGGAAAGAGAUUUGACACAAGGUUAUUAGCGAAGUUCUGAAUGUACAUUUCAGUAAUUAGAUUGGAUCAGAAAUUAAUUGGGCUGUGAUAUAACGACUAAAACCAAUUAAAUAAUAUAAACAAGUCAUAAAUGAAGUACUGUUAAUUUCCAGUGGUUUACUCAAAACAUGAUGGAAUCUGGAUCCAGCUUAUUUCCAUAAUACUAUCUCUUUAUCAAUUCUCAAGUAAUGAAACUGCAUUUGAAAUAACAUUAUUGUCUGAUCUGUUUCUGGUCAAAAGCAGCUCACCACAUACAGGGGGUCAAACUUGGAAUUAUUCUGCUAAACUAUCAAAAUCAUCAAAUGCGCCAUCAUUAUAAACUUAAGUCCUUUACUUAGCUAAAAUAGGUCUAAACAGUUUUAUUUGGAAGAAAAUCCUAUUGAUUUCAAUGGAAUUUACUUUGAAAUAUUAAAACUGGAUGUUUGGCACUUUCACCCAUCUUUCCAGAAGCCACUUGGCUUGACUAGCUUAUAUUGAGGCAAUGUAGUCCAUCAUGAAGGGCAGGUGCCUAAGGGUCUGUGCUGCUACUGUGUUAGUGGCAAUUAGGAACUACAGUAAUCAUGUAAGAGAUUUUGAGUUUAUCUAAAGGUAUUAAAUAAACUAAUAUUGUGGUUUGACGGCAUAAGGUUUAAACAAACUUAAUUGUGCUGCUUUUCCUCAGACUGGAAUGCUAUGUAUAGUGUUACUUGUCUGAACUAUAGGAAUUGCAAGGAAUUUAAGAGAACCCAAAUAUAAAAGAAGAAAUUUGUGGUUAGAAUUCUGUUUAGUGCAAUGUAUUGUUAAUAUUUGGUGAAAUUGUGUCUCACCAAGUAGCUUAUAUUGUUUUGAAAUGGGCCUAGACAAACUAAGGAAGAUUGUCUGUCUUCCAUACAUUAUGAUGAUUGUAUGGAGCCUCCAUUGAAGAGUGCAUUGAAUAUUAUCUCUAUAAAAGAGCAUCAUUAUGGCCCCUUUGGGAAGCAAGAUUUGGAGAUUUGGUAUGAUUAUUAUGUUAUAAUAAUAUUAUGUUAUAUAAUUUGUAAUAAUAUUGAAAAUGUAUAUGGAACUGGUCUCAGCUAAAUCUUGGGAACAAUCUUACUACUUGUUUGCUUGCCUGCAGAGUUUAUCGGCUGUUUUAAUGAACUACCCUAUGUGAUGUUCAAACACCCCUCCCCAAUACAUAAUUUGGGCUAAAAGAAAUAUUUUUGUCAAAUAUGUAUACUCACCCAUCUCACAAAACAUAACUCUGGGUAGCAAUAACUCUUUGUUACAAACCAAUCUGAUUAAAGUCCACUGAUAGGGCAUUGGGGUUGAGAUCAAGAAAUUGAAUGUAAGAUUGUUAUAAGACAACGGUUCUAUGGACCCUGAGGGUGGCCCACUUACUGUCUCCUGCCACAUAUUCCCCUGCCCAUUACUACCAUAAUAUUAUGGCCUGUCUUUAUUCCCCUAUAACAGUUUCAUUUCCCAAAUCAAGCCCGUCCAAGACCCAGUACCAGAAUGCCACGUCUCCUUGUCACACUUCUCUGUGGGGGUAAACUAACCAUUCUGAAGGGGUUUAGCUCCAAUAUUCCUGAGCACCAACACCACUCAAUCCUCACCACUCCACACACUUCCACCAAUCCCCCCCACACACACGUUAAAGCACAUUCAGACACCUAACUAGACAUAGCCUCUCUCCUCCACUACUAGCAAUAGGAGAGCUCCCUUCAUUAAUCUCUCCCCAGUUCACCAAAUUUCUCCUUCCCAGCUCUCACCCAGAAGAGAAGUUAAUCAUUCACUCAGUACAGGUGGAGCCAUGUUGUCCCUUCCCUCCCCUCCCCUCAUUGCCUCCCCUUUCUCUCCUUCCUUCCUCCCUCCCUUCCUCCCUCCCUCCCUCUUUUCUCUCUCUUUCCCUAUCUUACCCUUAUUGCUACCCAGGGGCCAGACAAGGUGAAACAAAGAUGAACAUUAAAACAAAAACCAAACAUUGUAAAGAGCCACAUGAACCAAUAUUUAUAUCACAAAAAUUGUCUUCAUUGUCUGGAAAAAAUGGUCACAACUGUCCUGUAUUAUUAUUUAAAAGACUUCUGUCCUAUUCAGUAGAUUGCUAAAAUUAAAGAGGAAUAUGCACUCAU